AUGGCGGGAGGUCGACGCAAUGGACGGGGUGGUGGAAAGGCUGGAGGAAAGGUUAUUGAUACUGCUGGCAACACCCCUUUAUCCAGUACGGAGCAUUCUCCAGAGAAGAGCCCUCUGCUGUCGGCGCAAGCUUCACCCCAAGCUCCCCUUGCUCCGGCGGUCAACGAUUUGCUGAGUGAGGCGGCGAAGAUCUCUCUGCAAGAGCGGUUGUCAGCUCUGAAGGGCAACGGGCUUAAGGACAAUGCGGAGGAAAAUGAGAAGCAGCAACCGCAACCGAGCUCGUCAGCGGGUGGACCGUCGGCUCCCGUGACAGUGACACCUGCGGUGACGGCUGAGGGCUGCAACAUUGACGUGGAUGAGGAUGAAUGCUGGGACAGCGAUGACGAGGAUGUGUUCGAUCCAGCUGCGGUCAGCCUGCUCGCGUCCCAAGUCAGCUUCUCGCUUACGCUUCUGAUCCCCAUUCAGUGGGAGAGUGAGGUCUCGAAGUUGAAGCCAACGGUCAUUGCGCACCUGGAUCACUGGAAGGCUUCGCUGACGCCUGACGCGCAGACGACUACGACGUACCAGGAGAUGCUGCCGGCGUGGCUGUCAAAGAAGAGAUUUGGUCGGCUUCAAGUGACAUUUCUGCACGCGAGUGACGCGGUUUCGGUCUGGCAACGCACCAUUGAGCAUGAUGUGGGGAAGGGUGUUACGCUGAAGCUCAACUGGCAGCAUCCGGAGAACGCGACUUACAAGAAGGAGCGUCAGCAGAAUCCAGAUGCGGUGGAGGUGUUGUUGAAGUCUGUACCGGCUGGCGUCUCACCUGAGCUGGUCCGUAAGAUGCUGACGGAGGUUGUGCUGCUCAAGAAGGGCAAACCUGCGUUCAGCAAAGGUGUGGCUUUUCACAGAGUGCAAGAUCCGGUUACUGGUAUCGACACUGACAAGAUCCGCGGUGCUGCUACGCGCGCCAGCAAGGGUGCUCUCACCCUGGGUGCGUUCCGCAAGGAGUUCGCCAAGUAA